ACAUUUUUACUAACAUACCAUUAACACCACAAUGUCUUCCCCCUUCACCCAGCAAACACCCACAGGGCUUCUGAUUGCCACCACAAUUGGUAUUACAGGGAGCGCAUGGAUUUGUGGUUCCAAUGCCUCUCUUUCAUUAAUUGCAGUUCCCGCAAUAAUGCAGGCUCCCGCCCCACUUGCCGCAAAGCAGUGGUACACCGUCCUCAUGCGCGGCGGUAGCUUUGGUAUCCCAUUCGCACUCGGCAGUGCUCUAGCCACAGCAUAUGUUGCAUCUCAACACGCCAGAGACUCGCUGGCAUUCAAGCUCAACGUCGCAGCUACUAUCCUCCUCCCAAGCAUUGUGCCUUUUACAAUUGCCUUCAUCGCUCCGAUCAAUGACAAGCUCAUUGAGAAGAUGAACUCAAUGGCCUCCGCAUCCCUGGACGACGAGGCCGUCGAGCAGGGUGUAGCCGAGGGAGAGACCACACAUGCUUUGAUCGACAAGUGGGCGACACUUAACCUUGCGAGGGCUGUUUUCCUUGCUGCAGGUGCUCUUUGUACCACCAUUGCUGCCCUUGACAAAAGGGAGGUUGUUGGCUUCAGCAACAUUGGCCUGAGAUCAGGCGCAAACAGGAUGUAAUACAGCUGCAGCUGAAUUCUAUAGCAGAAUAUUUGCCUUC